CAGGGACCCAGGAAUGCCCCCCCGCCCACCCCCUCGGCGGGCGGGGGCAGGGCCCAGCCGGGAGUUUGGCAAACUCCUCCCCGCGUUGAGUCAUUCGCCUCUGGGAGGUUUAGGAAGCGGCUCCGGGUCGGUGGCCCCAGGACAGGGGAGAGCGGGCGCGAUGGGGAGCCGGGCGCCAGGGUCCCCGCUCCUCGCCGGGCGGCCGCGCCGGGGCCCCCGGCACCGACCCGCGCCGCUGCCGCUGCUGCUGCCGCUGCUGCUGCUGCUGCCGCCCGCGCCCCGGGCCGGGGGCUUCAACCUGGACGCCGAGGCCCCGGCCGUGCUCGCCGGGCCCCCCGGCUCCUUCUUCGGCUUCUCCGUGGAGUUCUACCGGCCGGGGACGGACGGGGUCAGCGUGCUGGUGGGAGCGCCCAAGGCGAACACCAGCCAGCCAGGCGUGCUGCAGGGCGGCGCUGUCUACCUCUGCCCCUGGGCCACCAGCCUGGCACAGUGCACCCCUAUUGUGUUUGACAGCAAAGGCUCUCGGGUCCUGGAGUCCUCGCUGUCCAGCCCGGAGGGGGAGGAGCCCGUGGAGUACAAGUCCUUCCAGUGGUUCGGAGCCACGGUGCGAGCCCACGGCUCCUCCAUCCUGGCCUGCGCCCCGCUGUACAGCUGGCGCACCGAGAAGGAGCCGCUGAGCGACCCCGUGGGCACCUGCUACCUCUCCACCGACAACUUCACCCGGAUGCUGGAGUACGCUCCCUGCCGCUCAGAUUUCAGCUGGGCGGCCGGCCAGGGGUACUGCCAAGGCGGCUUCAGUGCCGAGUUCACCAAGACCGGGCGUGUGGUGCUGGGUGGACCCGGGAGCUAUUUCUGGCAAGGCCAGAUCCUGUCGGCCACCCAGGAGCAGAUUGCAGGGUCCUACUACCCCGAGUACCUCAUCAACCUGGUGCAGGGGCAGCUGCAGACGCGCCAGGCCAGCUCCUCCUACGACGACAGCUACCUGGGUUACUCGGUGGCCGUGGGUGAAUUCAGUGGUGAUGACACAGAGGACUUCGUUGCUGGCGUGCCAAAAGGAAACCUCACCUACGGUUAUGUCACCAUCCUCAAUGGCUCAGACAUCCGAUCCCUCUACAACUUCUCAGGGGAACAGAUGGCCUCCUACUACGGCUACGCAGUGGCUGCCACGGACACCAACGGGGACGGGCUGGAUGACCUGCUGGUGGGAGCACCGCUGCUCAUGGAGCGGACAGCCGACGGGCGGCUCCAGGAGGUGGGCAGGGUCUACAUCUACCUGCAGCAGCCGGCCGGCAUGGAGCCCACGCCCUCCCUCACCCUCACCGGCCGCGAUGAGUUUGGCCGGUUUGGAAGCUCCUUGACCCCCCUGGGGGACCUGGACCAAGAUGGCUACAACGAUGUGGCCAUCGGGGCUCCCUUUGGCGGGGAGACCCAGCAGGGCGUGGUCUUUGUGUUUCCGGGGAGCCCUGUGGGGCUGGGCUCUAAGCCUUCCCAGGUGCUGCUGCCCCUCUGGGCCGCUGGCCACACUCCCAACUUCUUUGGCUCUGCCCUUCGAGGGGGCCGAGACCUGGAUGGCAACGGAUACCCCGAUCUGAUUGUGGGGUCCUUUGGUGUGGACAAGGCGGUGGUGUACAGGGGCCGCCCCAUCGUGUCCGCCAGGGCCUCCCUCACCAUCUUCCCCGCCAUGUUCAACCCAGAGGAGCGCAGCUGCAGCCUGGAGGGGAACCCUGUGGCCUGCAUCAACCUCAGCUUCUGCCUCAACGCCUCCGGAAAGCACGUUCCUGAUACCAUCGGCUUCACGGUGGAGCUCCAGCUGGACUGGCAGAAGCAGAAGGGCGGGGUGCGGCGCGCGCUGUUCCUGGCCUCCAGGCAGGCGACCCUCACCCAGACCCUGCUCAUCCAGAACGGGGCCCGGGAGGACUGCAGCGAGAUGAAGAUCUACCUGCGGAAUGAGUCGGAGUUCCGGGACAAGCUCUCCCCGAUCCACAUCGCCCUCAACUUCUCCCUGGACCCCCAGGCCCCCGUGGACAGCCACGGCCUCCGGCCAGUCCUACACUACCAGAGCAAGAGCCGCAUCGAGGACAAGGCUCAGAUCCUCCUGGACUGUGGAGAAGACAACAUCUGUGUGCCAGACCUGCAGCUGGAAGUGUUCGGGGAGCAGAACCACGUGUACCUGGGUGACAAGAACGCGCUGAACCUCACGUUCCACGCCCAGAACGUGGGCGAGGGCGGCGCCUACGAGGCGGAGCUCCGGGUCACGGCUCCCCCGGAGGCCGAGUACUCGGGACUCGUCAGGCACCCCGGGAACUUCUCCAGCCUGAGCUGUGACUACUUCGCCGUGAACCAGAGCCGCCUCCUGGUGUGUGACCUGGGCAACCCCAUGAAGGCCGGCGCCAGUCUCUGGAGUGGCCUUCGGUUCACAGUUCCUCACCUCCGGGACACGAAGAAGACCAUCCAGUUUGACUUCCAGAUCCUCAGCAAGAACCUCAACAACUCGCAGAGCGAGGUGGUCUCCUUCCGGCUGUCGGUGGAGGCCCAAGCCCAGGUCUCCCUUAACGGCGUCUCCAAACCCGAAGCAGUGCUGUUCCCAGUGAGCGACUGGCACCCCCCGGACCAGCCCCGGAAGGAGGGGGACCUGGGCCCUGCUGUCCAGCAUGUGUAUGAGCUCGUCAACUGGGGCCCCAGCUCCAUCAGCCGGGCCGUGCUGGAGCUCAGCUGCCCCCAGCGCCUGGAAGGCCAGCCGCUCCUCUACGUGACCCGGUUCACGGGGCUCAGCAACUGCACCUCCAGCCACCUCCCCAACCCGGAGCGCCUGGAGCUGGAUCCCGAGGGCUCCCCGAACCACCGGCUGCGAAGACGCGAAGCUCCGGGCCAGAGCCCUGCCUCUGGGCCUCAGGUCCUGAAAUGUCCGGAGGCGGAGUGUUUCAGGCUGCGCUGUGAGCUUGGGCCGCUCCACCGGCAGGAGAGCCGAAGUCUGCAGCUGCAUUUCCGAGUCCGGGCCCAGACCUUCCUGCAACGGGAGCACCAGCCCUUCAGCCUGCAGUGCGAGGCCGUGUACGAAGCUCUGAGGAUGCCCUACCGGAUCCUGCCCCGGCAGCUGCCUCGAAAGGAACUUCUGGUGGCCACAGCUGUGCAGUGGACCAAGGCAGAAGGCAGCCAAGGCGUCCCGCUGUGGAUUAUCAUCCUCGCCAUCCUCCUCGGCCUCCUGCUCCUUGGUCUGCUCAUCUAUGUCCUCUACAAGCUCGGAUUCUUCAAACGCUCCCUCCCUUACGGCACCGCCAUGGAAAAAGCUCAGCUCAAGCCUCCAGCCACCUCAGAUGCCUGACGCCUAACCCCAGACUCCAAUCCCGGAGGCUCAGCGACCCCACCCUCAGGCUGCUGACGGGGAGGGGGCCGGUGCUUCCUGAAGGUGCUGAGGGCCUGGGAGACCUCCUCUCCCAGCCCAGAGACAUACUUGAAGGGCCAGAGGCGGGAGGGGGGAGCUGAGGGUCCCCACCCCCAUGCACUGUGAAGGACCCUCGUUUACACAGGCCCUCCCCGCGGAUGGCGGAUGGGGGAACUGCGAUCCAGGGACCGAGGCCCAGCCUCCCUGCAGGCUUUGCAUUUUGGAGAGAGUUUCCUGAAAAACAACUUGGAACCAGAACUGGGGAAUGCCAUCCCGGUUCUCUGGGCCAGACUUGCCACCAGGACUUCCUGUCCAGCUCCGGCCUGCAAAGCUCUGUCCUCCGCCUUGCCAGAGUUCCACAGGAGGCCCCGGCUGAGAACCUGGCACCUGGCGAGGGAGACCUGGCAGCUCUGGACAGCCCCCACCUCGGUGGGCAAAUUAGGAACACUAACUGUGUAUGGUGCCCAGGACCAGCUCAGGACAGAUCCCAGGACAAGGAUCAAGGCUGGCCCAGAACCAGCUCCGAGGAGGAUCGGAACUGUAAUGGGGCCAGAUCGAACCCGCGGCCCGGGGUUGAUCUGGGACCCAGACUCGGCCAUUGAUAACCUAACCAGGCAGAUUCGGGACAACAUUUGAACCUGCACCGGACACCCUGGGCCCGGAGGCCCAGUCCACCUCUGACUCGGGAGAAGUCAGGGAAUCGCCCAGGACUCUGAAGGGGCCAUGAUGGCAACAGAUCUGGAACCUCAGCCUGGCCAAAGGCAGGCCCUCCCAGUCCCCCGGAGAAAGGGCGCCCACCCUCUUGGGCCUGCAGGAUUCGGGUUCUGCCCGCCAGGUGCACUGACGCUGCCCUUCCUCUCUCUGCCCGCCCCUGCCCGCCCCUCCCCUCGGCUCGGGACACCCGGGACUUAUUUAAACUCUGUUGCAGUGCAAUAAACCCGGCCCGGGGCCCCCACUGACCAGA